AUGCGCUUUGUUCGCCGCGUACGGUGGCCCCACUAGUCCAAUCUUCGGUCUCGAGGAGCUGCUGUGCCGACAUCACCGGUGGCGACGGUUUGGCCGAGGUUGUCCCGGCUGUUAUUUUCCUCUUCUGCGCCAUCACUCAGCGGCAUGAGCUAUGAGCAGCGGAAAGGAUGGGGCCGGGGCCGGGGAGUACGAGGACGAGGGUCUUCUUCCCACUAUGAAGGGGGCUCUUCUAGGGAGGCUGGUGGAGGUGUGAGAGAAAGACCACCGCCUCACCUGAGAGGCCGGGCCAUAGGACUGUGGUAUGCCCGGAGGCAGGGCCCGAAGAGUAAAGAGAAGGAGAGGCAGGAGAGAGCUGUGGUACAGAUGGAUGAAUCCAGAGAACAGCGGAUUACACGACUUCUCAACUCUGUGCAAGCACAAAGCAAAGAUGUAAAACAAGAGCCGUGUUCAGACCAGUCUUGGUGGGCUACUGAGAAUGAAAGAAAUAUUGCUGCCCCUCAAAUCAAACUGGAAGAAGACAUUGUGAAAGAUGCCUGGGAUGAUGAUGAGUGUGAUGAUUAUGCUGGUGAUGUUAAGGAUAAUACUGAGAAAUUUUCUGAAAGCUGUUACGGAGAAAAUAGAGUAAAUGCAGCCUUGGAUCGACGGCUUAAAGACGAGCUGCAGGAUAAAAGGAUUGAUUCUAGAUACCGCGAAAUGCAGAGAUUCCGUGAAACGUUACCUUCAUACAGUAUGAAAGAGGAAAUAAUAAAAAUGAUACAGAAUAAUCAAGUGACAGUCAUCAGUGGAGAGACCGGCUGUGGAAAGACUACACAAGUAACUCAGUUUAUUCUGGACGAUUAUAUUAGCAGAGGAAAAGGUUCUGCUUGUCACAUUGUGUGCACCCAGCCCAGAAGGAUCAGUGCAAUUUCGGUAGCAGAACGGGUGGCUGCAGAGCGAGCUGAACCGUGUGGCAGGGGAUGCAGUACUGGCUACCAGAUACGUCUUGAAAGUCAGUUGCCACGGGAACAAGGCUCUAUUUUGUACUGUACAACUGGUAUAGUCCUGCAGUGGCUUCAGUCAGAUCAGCAGUUGACUAGGAUUAGCCACAUUGUGAUAGAUGAAGUCCAUGAGAGAAACUUGCAAUCUGAUAUUCUCAUGGCAAUAGUAAAAGAUCUUCUGAAGUGUCGUCCAGAAUUGAAAGUCAUAUUGAUGAGCGCCACACUAAAUGCCGAAAAGUUUUCUCAGUAUUUCGAUGGCUGUCCCAUGCUGCAUAUCCCUGGAUUAACGUUCCCUGUUAAAGAGUAUCUCUUGGAGGACGUAUAUGAAAUGGUGAAAUUUUCUCCCAAGGAUAGUGAUUGCAGACCACACUCAAAUAGACGUUUUAUGCAGGGACGCACGACUUGUCCGGAAAAAGCUGAAAAAGAAGAAAUCUAUAGAGAACGUUUCCCAGGAUUUUUACGACAACUUCAAGGAAAAUAUUCUGAAAGUACAAUACGUGCCGUACAAUAUACGGAUGAUGAAAAGGUUAACCUUGAGCUGAUUGUAGAGCUGAUCAGGCAUAUUGUUUUGAAGAGAGAGGAUGGGGCAAUCUUGGUUUUCCUUCCAGGCUGGGAUACUAUUAGUACACUAAAUGACUUGCUGAUGUCGCAGGUCAUGUUUCAGUCAGACCGGUUUAUUAUUAUCCCUUUGCAUUCAUUGAUGCCAACUGUAAACCAGACCCAGGUUUUCAAGACCCCUCCUCCUGGCGUUCGGAAAAUUGUAAUAGCAACCAACAUUGCGGAGACAAGUAUUACUAUAGAUGACGUAGUUCAUGUCAUAGAUGGAGGCAAAUUAAAGGAGACAAACUAUGACACAAACAAUAAUAUUCGCACCAUGACGGCAGAGUGGGUUAGCCAUGCAAAUGCCAAGCAGAGGAAAGGACGUGCUGGCAGAGUUAAACCAGGAUACUGCUACCAUCUAUACAAUAGACUGAGAGACAGUCUGCUGGACGAAUACCAGCUGCCAGAAAUUGUAAGGACACCGCUGGAAGAACUCUGCCUUCAAAUCAAGAUCCUGAAACUUGGAGGUAUUGCCUCUUUCCUUCAAAAAGUAAUGGACUCUCCGACAAGGGAAGCAAUAAUCCUAGCAAUAACUCAUCUUAUGGAAAUGAAUGCCCUUAACAAACGGGAGGAAUUGACACCACUUGGCUUUCAUUUGGCACGCUUGCCUGUUGAGCCACAUAUUGGAAAGAUGAUCCUCUUUGGUGCUCUGUUUUGUUGUUUGGAUCCAGUCUUGACAAUUGCAGCGAGUUUGAGCUUUAAAGACCCAUUUGUUAUUCCUUUGGGAAAGGAGAAAUUGGCAGAUGCGAAAAGAAAGGAGUUGUCAAAGAAUACCAAAAGUGACCAUUUGACUAUCCUCAAUGCAUUUCGGGGCUGGGAGUCAUCAAAACAGUGGGGUCCGAGAGCAGAAAGGGAGUACUGCUGGGAUUACUUUUUGUCUCCUAAUACCCUCAAGAUGUUGGGAGACAUGAAAGGACAGUUUGCUGAGCAUCUGCUAGGAGCUGGCUUUGUGAGCAGCAGUAGGCCAAAAGAUCCUAAAUCUAACAUCAAUUCAGAUAACGAGAAGCUCAUAAAGGCUGUAAUAUGUGCUGGGCUGUACCCAAAAGUGGCAAAGAUUCGUGUAAACCUAAGAAAAAAAAGACCAUCGGUAAAGAUCUCUACAAAAUCAGAUGGCAAGGUCUGCAUUCACCCCAAAUCUGUCAACGUGGAGGAGGUAGAAUUUCACCACCAGUGGCUGGUCUAUCACCUGAAAAUGAAAACUAGCAGUAUUUUCCUGUAUGACUGCACAGAGAUCUCUCCAUACUCACUACUUUUCUUUGGAGGAGACAUUUCCAUUCAGAAGGACCAAGACCAGGACACUAUUGCUGUUGAUGAAUGGAUUGUCUUCCAGUCGCCGGCUCGCAUUGCUCACUUAGUUAAGGAUUUAAAGACUGAGUUGGAUUCACUAUUAAAAGAGAAAAUUGAGACUCCUCAGCCUGUGGACUGGGAUGAUAUGAAAUCCAGAGACUGUGCUGUCCUCUCCGCCAUCAUUGACCUAAUAACCACACAGGAGAGGGGGGAAGCCAAGAACUUUGACCCUUCAAUUCCAAGGCGCAUGUUCUAAGUGAUAUGUGUUGUACAUAUGAAUGUAUGUGCCUGUUUUUUUCUGUUUAUGAAGCAGUAAGUGUACAACAGACCACAAUUUAUCUACUGGUAGUAAACCUGUACAUUUACAGGCUGGGCCAUUGUUGAUCUGUGUUACUUUUCAUCUUUGUUUGGACUUUUCCAUAGUAAAAUACUAAAGUUCCAUUCAAGCCCCUGGUAAGUACUGAAAGGCCAUUCAGGUUGUCAUUCCACUGCUAGGUUUGUGUCUUUGUUGUUUCUUUUACUGUUUAUAUGUUUAUAUAUAAUGUAGGUCGUGAUUCUUUUAUAAGCAUUAUUCUAAUGCAGUGGUCUCAAACUGUGGUCCUCCAGAUGUUGCAAAACUUCAAUUCCAAGCAUGCCCGGACAGCCAACGGCUGUCCGGGCAUGCUGGGAGUUGAAGUUUUGCAGCAUCUGGAGGGGCACAGUUUGAGGCCACUGUUCUAAUGGCACUGAUCCUUACUAUUUGCAAGUGCAGGUUUCUGCAGUAUAUUAUUUAUGUUUGUAUUACUUAUCCGCUAAGCUUUUUUUUUUUUUCCCCCCCUUUAACGCAAAAAUGUUGUGAAAGUUUCUUCUGUCACAAGAGAGAAGAUCCCAAUGAUAAAGUAUUGGACUUUAGACCACUUCUGAUUUCCUGAACAGUAGAGCUCUACAUUGAACUUAAACCCCUUUGGCACCACAUUUAUUUAUAAACACAAUGUUUUCCUACCAAAGUGCCCCCAGCUGUUGCAAAACUACAACUCCCAGCAUGCCUGAACAGGCUUUGGAUUUGUGGCUUUACAGCAGCUGGAGGCACACUGGUUGGGAAUCACCUCAUUAACAUGACAUUCAUUGGUUUAAAUGGCUUUUUUCUUAGUUCAUUGGGUCAGUUUUCAGUAACAGAAAUCCUUGAACAAUGCCAACAGAGUUUGAGCAUCCUAUAGAUUUUUUUUUUUUUACCGCCUUAAAGGUGAAGUCCCAUGCCUUGAAGUACAGAAAGAUUAUCCUUUGUCCACAGGAUAGGGGAUAAGUUUUAGAUUGCGAGGGGUCCGACCUCUGUGGCCCCCUGUGAUCUCCUGUAUGGAGUCCUGGCUCUCCCCCAGAUUGGCACGUCACGCCCAUGCCCCCCUCCAAAGAUAGUCGAAUGGCUCUCCCAUAGAGAUAGAGGGGGUGGCGGCCCCGGCUUCAGGCGGGGUUGUAAUGCACCUCUCUGGGGGAGAGCCGAUGUCCGUACAGCCAUAGUGCUCGGACCCCCUGCAAUCUAA